AUGGCCAGUCGUCUCUCCACCUUCAUCAAGAAUACCUGGGGCAAGGAGCCCAUGCUGGUUGUGUCCUUCACCAUCGUGGGUCUUACUGUACUUCUGCCUAUACUCAGCCCCGAGACCAAAUAUUCUAUUGUGAUCAACGAGGCCACACCCUACAACUACCCAGUGUCCCUCCAAGGUAACGGGAACAUGCCCACUAUGCACAGUUACCGCCAGUAUCCUCAGGGCCCCAGCCUGGACUGGCUGAAGAGUCUGUAA